AUGUUUAGUACGCGCCGUGAAUUUCGUCCUCGAUUGGUCAGGCUUUUCCUGUGGUCAACCUUAUAUGGAUCUUGGCUGCUGGGCCUCUUUCCAUUUAUCUUUGAUACCAAAAAAUAUCAAAUGAGGCGCUCCCGUUGGCUAAUUCUCUAUGGCUUAAUUGGGAAUUGCUGUCUUAUGAUUAUCUUGCUUUUCUGUGCCCAGGACUUCAGUAAAAGAAAGCUAGAGGGUUUUGAGCGAAAUCCUGUGCUGGAGAUGAUAAACAUCUUAGUAGGAAUGUUGAGCGUCUUCGCAGCCGUAAUAAUGCAUUUUAUGAAUUAUUGGAAAAGCAAGGAGGUUGAGGAAAUUUUCAACGAAAUUUUGGUUAUGGAACACAAAGACUUUAAGACUUUAAAUACAAAGAAGUGCCCGAAAUUCGAAUGCUUAGUGAUUCAAAAGUAUGCGACAAUGAUGGGACAGAUUAUAUCCUUCCUGGCGGUUAACUUCGGAAUGAAUGGAAGCCACACAAAUGCAUUUCUAGUAAUCCUGAGCUGCCUGCUGCUGACAUCUCUCAACGUGAAUACAAUGCACUAUAUUUUUGGGAUUCUAUUUAUUUAUCGUUAUGUUUGGCUGAUCAAUGGCCAGCUCAAGGACUUGGUUAAUCAACUAAGAGUUGAUCCCACAACGGACUACUCAAGGAUACGUCAAUAUCUUGCCUUAUACAAUCGCCUUUUGGAGCUCAGAAAGAAGUUGGUGACCGCCUAUCAAUACCAAAUGGUCAUAGUCUUAGCAUCAGCGGUUGCCGGCAAUAUUGUGGUCAUCUAUUUUUUGAUUGUUUAUGGUAUCACUUUGCAAAAAUGUUCAAUCUUUCUAAUGAUCUUUCCUCAGUCUCUGCUCAUAAAUGUUUGGGACUUUUGGUUGAGCAUAUCUGCAUGUGAACUUACAGAGCAAGCUGGAAGGAAAACCUCAACCAUCCUGAAACUAUUUAAUGAUGUGGAGCACACCGAUUUGCAGCUAGAAAGAAAUGUAAACGAAUUUGCUUUACUCUGCAGUCACCGCAAAUUUGACUUCAAACUUUGUGGAAUUUUUUCGAUAAACUUCAGCAAGGGUUUUCAAAUGAUCAUAGCCAGUUUUUUAUACUUGAUUUAUUUAGUUCAGUUUGACUAUAUGAACUUGUAA